AACAAAUACUCAAUGUACGAUGCAGUGCGCUUAUUUGAUCCCAAGGAAGACCAGCACAUUUUUCAUCAUGAACAAGUUUUACUACCUAUUGUCCUUUGUCGUGCUGCAACAUAUUGGUAUUUCUGAAAGCCACAGUGACCCAGGACUUCACCAGACUAUUGGUAAUGACACCAAUAAGGGAUGUGAGCUGACAUUUGAUACACAAGUUGUUUUCCAGACUAAUGCCCUGAUUUUCUAUAGUCAGAUAUUAGUUAAAAACUCAUUAGAAGAUAUUAGGAGCCUGGUGCGGAGCCUGUCUGAUUUUGUAUCAAAUUGCUGCAUGCAGGAUGCAAGGAAAGACUGCUAUCAAGAUAAGAAUAGCAUCUUUAUUGAUAGAGUGUGUGAGGAUCCAGUUUCAAAAUCCAAGAGCCAUGAUAUAAGUAUGUGUUGUAGCAAAGGGCAUAUGGAGAGAGAGCAAUGCUUCAGAGCUGUACAGAAUGGUCCCUCUGUAAAAAUGCCUGAGAUUGACACUUUGGUGCCUUUUUGGACACAAUGCUUGGAAUUUAUAACUGAUCAACGCACAUUUAUGGAAAUGUAUAUUUAUAGUUUAUCAAGACAUUAUCGAAUAUAUCCGCCCAAAACAAUGGCUAAAAUUAUUUUUGCAUCAUUAAGAACAUACCGUAUCUGCUGUAAAUUAUCUACUUCUUUAUACUGUAUUGAUGAUGUGGAACAACAGAAUAAAAAAAUUAAAAAAAAUGUAACAAUAGCAGAUAAUAACAUCUGUACAGAAUACAAAAAAACUGGAAUGGGCCAGACCAUUUUAUGGGGUAUAAAAUAUUUUACUAUGCACCAUCCAGUUGGCUUAAUGGGAAAGGCAGCUGAAUUUGGUACCACCUACCAGAAAUUCUCUUCCCAGUGUUGCGAUGAGACAAAAUGGACAUCAGAUUGUUUCUUAGAUGAGUCGGAAGUUCUGCUUCUUCAGUUCUGCUCCAAGUCAAGCUCAGCUGCACAGGUUGCUUGCUGCCAGAUGAAUGGGAGACAACGAUCAACAUGCUUAGAUAAUGUUGCAGACAAGGAAGCACAGACAAUCUCCAGAGAGAUACAUGUGACAUCUGAGCAGCUUUGCAGAAUUCACAGUGCACCAGAUGGAAGUUUUAUUAUGUGGUACGCUUAUGAAUAUACGAGAAGAAACAGAAAUAGUUCCCUGGAUGUUGUCUUGAAGUCUGUUUCUGAAUUAGGACUAGCUCUAAAACUGUGUUGCCAGAACCAAAACAAAUUUAAUUGCCUGUCCACACACCUUCCACCAUUACGGUUUUCAAUCCCUUCUUAGUGAAUACUGUUCAUAUCUAUCGCAUUGCAGGUUCUAAAACACAGCAACAAAAAUGUGUUUUUGUAUGUUCUUAUACAAGUAUACUGAACAAUGACAUAACAGCAAUAAAAAAAAAUAUUACAGUGAUAAAACUGUGUCUGAAAGCAUCCACUGCUCAUAGAUUUUACAUACCUGCCUGGAUUCCUGAAAAUGAGCAAAAGUUCUGACUGAUGGCUAGAAUCAAAUAUGUUUUCCAUUUGAUUGCUUGUUUCAAAAGGUGUUUCACAAUUAGGGGUUGAUUUACUAAAACUCAUAUUUAUCAAAUUUUUUUAUGAAAACAAAUCCGACCACACUCCCUUUCAUGAUUUGAACUCAGUUAUCAUUAUUUUUUCUCGAAAAAAUCGGAGUGAUAAAACAUCAACAAUUUUAUUGAAUCUAUUUAUAGAUUUAUUGUGAGGGUUUUUUUCCAUAAUUUUUUUUUUUUUUUAGGAGGGAUUUUCUCCUCCUAAAAACUUUGACCAGAAAAAAAGCCGAAGUUUAAUAAAUGAUCCCUUACAUGUUCCAACAUUGACCAAUAUACAGCUCUAAUCUGAAAUGCUGUCACAAUGUACAAAUUUAGGAUGUUAUGCAUAUAAAGAGAAUUUUAUAUGGUUAAUUGUCAUAAGAGUGCUAAACAAUCUGCUGCAUUGAGCAGCGAGGUGAAUGAAAUUAGGAAUGAAUCAGAUCUCAAACAUAGUCAAAGAUUUUCCUACAAUAUAGUUAUAUAUUGGGACAUAGACAUAACCACUAUGGCACCUACUGUAUUUAUUACGCUGUGUAAAAUAAAAUUCGCCAACAAAAACGGUGUCAAAAGCUGUGCAAAAUAAAUGUGGGAUUUAUCAA